AGACGCGGUGGUGUUAAAGUCAACAAAAAUAUAAAAACGAGCAAAUCGGAUUUCAGAACGGUCUAAACAUCUUUGCCAGGCAAGAUGGAGCCGGCAAAUGGCCUGGAACACAAGCCAUCGGUGAAAAGUACACUGCAAUGGCAGCGUGCAGCGUUGAUGGCCAAGACCAUAACGGCCUUUAAGGAGACUGUUGAUGUGGAUAGUGAUGACGAUGUGGAUAACAAGCAACAAAUCAAAUACGGUAAGCCGUCUCAGGCUGCCUGGGCCAUAUUCUCGGAAUAUUGUGACAACAGCACCAUACAUGGCAUCAAGUAUUUGGGAGAACAGAAACGGCCUGUGUGGGAGAGAGUAUUUUGGAUUUUCGUCUUCGUAUUUUCCAUCUACCUGUGUACCUCACUGACCAUGAACAUUUGGUACAAGUGGAACAAUAAUCCAGUUAUUGUGAGUUUUGCAGAAAAAUCCACACCUGUCUGGCAAAUUCCCUUUCCGGCCAUAACCAUUUGCACAGAAACCAAGAAUCGGCAAUCGUAUUUCAAUUUUACGGACAUCUAUUGGAAGUACAUAGAUUACAAGACGAAUAAAACUAUGGAGGAUAUUUCAAGUGAUGACCUCAACAAACUGUUCUCAAGUUUUCAAGUAUGCGAUUCACAUUUAAUACUGUACCCGACGAAGGACAACUUCACAGAUAGCAGAUUACUGAUUGCCACACUGCGUGACAUAAUGCCACAGUUUGAGGAGAUCUUUAUGAAAUGCAAAUGGCGUAAUGUGGGUACAGAUUGUUCGGAAUUAUUUCACACAUUCAUUACGGAUGAUGGGCCGUGUUAUACAUUCAAUACGCUGACCGCCUAUGAAACUUAUCGGGAUGAGGGCUUAAUCAAGGAUGUUGUAUUGCAUUCGGAAAAUCGUACUGCCACCCACUGGAAUGUUGAAGAUGGCUAUGAUGCCAAUGCCGAUACCGAUACUUAUCCAUAUCGGGUUCUUGGCUCUGGAUCGAAGGCUGGAUUGAAUCUUUUGCUAAGCGGCGUUGAAAAAGAUUUCGAUUAUCUGUGCCGUGGUACGACACAGGGAUUUAAGUUGGUUUUACAUACCCCGGGAGAAAUUCCCCAAGUUACAAAACAAUUUUUCCGCAUACCAUUCAGCCAGGAAGUGUUGAUGGCAAUUAAACCCAAAAUUAUUACAACAUCGGAUGGUUUGAAGCACUACGAGCCAAAUAGACGCCAAUGUUAUUUCCAAAAUGAACGGGAUUUGCGUUAUUUUCAAAUCUACACCCAAAGUAAUUGUGAACAGGAAUGUUUAGCUAAUUUUACAUUGGCCAAAUGUGGUUGUGUAAAAUUCUCAAUGCCAAGACAUGAAGAUGUUCCCGUGUGUAAUGCCAGAAAUGUGCAUUGCUUUAACAAAGCCGAAGAUGAAUUGACCCUGAGAGAAUUCGAUCAGGGUAUAGCUAGUUCUGGAGAAAAUUUCCGUGGCAAGACAACAUGCAAUUGUUUGCCCUCGUGUACUUCCAUUGCAUACGAGGCAGAGAUUUCGCAGGCAGAUUAUGAAUAUGUGCAUUCGGGUAAACGGGGGAACUCAACGGAAGCAGAAGAGGGCAGUCAAGAGACCAGAAGAACCCGCCUCUCGAUAUUCUUCAAAGAAGCCCAGUUCCUUACCUCUAAACGUUCUGAGUUGUACGGUACCACAGAUUUCCUUGCCAAUUGUGGUGGUCUGUUGGGUCUAUUUAUGGGUGUAUCGACCCUUAGUAUCGUAGAGAUCAUCUAUUUCUGUACGGUACGUUUAAUAACCAAUUUGAAAAUGCGUUAUAAGAAACGCAAAGAAAUGAAUAAUGCCGAAAAGAAUACGGAGAAAAAUGCCUAAUUUGUUGUAUAAAAAUCAGAAAUGAAUAAAUGUUAAAUUGUAAAGUAGAUUUUAAGAAACCACAAUGCCGCCGCCUUAUGUAGUUGUGAAAUUAAAUAAAUACAGAAAUGUUUAUUUUGU